AUGAAUUUAACUAAUUUUCAAUAUGAUCUAUUAAAUCAAUUUAAAUUUCUUGGACAAAUUUUGGCUCCAUUUGAAGAUGGCGGUAUUUUAAAUUAUUUAUUUGAACAAAUUACUAUCAACAGUAGUAUUAGUAAUAGUAGUAUUGGUAAUAGUAUUGAUAAUAGUAGUCUAUUACGUAAUAAUAUUACAUCUAUAAAUGAUAAUCAAUCAAUAACAUUAUUAAAAUUCAUUGAAAUUAAUGAUACCUUUACAUUUUUUAGGACUACAUUAAAUCAUAUGUUAUUUGAUGGCAUACAAAAUAUAAAUGUAUAUAAUGUUUUAUUAAUGAAUCAAAAUGACAUGAAUACAACAGUGAUAGAUAGUAAUAAACUAUUUGUAACUAGGAAAUUUAUUGUACUUAUUAUUAUUGAAAUUUUAUUGAUUUUUAUUUCUUUUUUAUUAAGUAUGUGUUAUUUCAUUUUCUUGUAUCCACCUAAUUGUAUUCAUGGAAAAUCAUCAUGGAACUAUUUAAAAUAUUUAAAAAUUACACAAGUUUUAAGAGAUAUAAAAUAUAAGAAUGAUAUGAAUCAUUCUAAUAUGAUUGAUAUUAGAUCAGAUAGUUUAUCAAAUAAGUAUAUAGAAGAUGAUGAAAUGUCAAGAUAUACUACUGAAUGGAUGUUGAGAAAUGAAGCAAAUGUUUCAGUGAAUUCAUCAGAUAUUUAUAUUAAUGAUCCAAUAUACAAUCGUCAAUCAUCUAAAAAAUCUUCAACAAAUUCUAUUAUUUCAUCAACAUUAACGAAUCAUAAUGAAAUACAACAACCAACUCAAUACCAGUGCAAUUCAUUAAUGAUGAACUCAUUACAAUUUCAUACACAAUUGAAAGUAUAUUUUAUUAUAAAAAUAAUAGUCUAUAGUUUAAUUUGUAUUAAUAUAUUUCUUAGUAUAAUAUGUUUCUAUGCAAUGGAUAGUAGUUAUAUACAUUUACAACCUAAAUUCAUAGAUAAUACAACAAAUCAAACUGUAAAAACAUUAAGAAAUUUAUUAAUGAAUGAAGUUGUAUAUAAAUUACCUGAAUAUUUACAAGAGAUUAUAACACAAGGUCAAAUGUAUACAAAUCAAACAUUUAGAAUAAUUGAAAAAGAACUUGAUAGUCAGUUAUUGAUAACUACUGAAAAGAUAAUCCAAUCAUUGCUUGAAACAUAUCAAUUAUCACCUGUGAUUAAAUCAGCUGAAUCGAUUUCUUAUAGUAUCAAUGAAACAGUAACAGCUAGUCGAAUCAUUAAUGUACAACAGAAAACACUUCAACAAGAUGUGAAUAGUUAUAUUGGUGAAUUACGUGGUUAUGCUAAUAUAUUGAAUAAAACAUUAGAUUCAAUAUGUGAAAAGUUGAAUGAAAAUACCAUAGAAAAAGUGACAUGUAGACAGUUACAAUUAAACAAUUCAAUUUUAUUAAUUAAUGUUGAUACAAAAUUAUUUGAAUUUGAAUCCAGUUCAAUUAUGGUAUUUUUAAUGAAUGAUUUAAAUAUUAGUUUAAAUUCAAUCACAGAUCAAUUUAAUAUUAUUCAAAAUUUAUUAAAUAUAAAAAAAGAUGAAGUUAUUCAAAGUAUGAAAUCAACAUUUAAUUUGGAUUAUUAUUUGAAUAUAUUUACAUCUAUAUGGAUAUUAUUACAACAAAAUAUUGUUGAUAAAUUAAAUUCAUAUUUAACUAUAAAUAAACAACAAGAAAUCGAUAAUUAUUUGCAAUUAAUUAGUUAUAUUGUAUCUAUAAUUGGUUAUGUAAUUAUUACAUUUAUAUUAAUAUUAAUUACAUUAUUAUUAAUUUAUUGUAUACUUUAUAUAGUUGAUAUAUAUAAUAGAAAUUUAUUUACUAAACAAAAUGAUAUAAAAUAUGAUUCAUCUAAAUUAUUUACUCUUCAAAUUCAAGGAGAAUUUCAUAAGAAAUUAUUUCUUCUACAAUUAAAUCGUUCUAUAUAUUUACCUCAUAUUAUUAAUCAUAAACAUAUUAAAUAUCUAAUUAUAUUAUCAUUAAUAAUCAGUAUAUUCUGUAGUAUAAUUCUAUCCAUUCUAUAUAUUAUUUUACCAUUAUUAUUAUUAUUCGAUACAGAAUUAUGUCGUUAUAUCAAUACUGAUUCUGGUAUAUUGAUUACUGAUUUCAUUAUUGAUUUAUAUAUACAAUAUCAAUGGUCAUAUAGUAUGUUACAUAAUUUUACAUUAUUAUCAAAUGAUUUAUUAAAUUAUAUUAAUUUAUUACCACCAAAACAUAUUUAUUCAACAAUACGUAAUAAAUGUCAACCUAUGAUGUAUAAUAAUAAUAAUAAUGAUCUGAAUACUACUACUACUACUGCUCAUACUACUAAUAAUACUACCACUACUAAUACUACUAACAAUACUACUAUUAAUACUACUAAUAGUAAUAAUAAUGAUGAUCAGACAUAUCGUAAUUAUAAUUUAUUAAAAUUACUUAAUUAUAGUCAAAUAAUUAAUUUUGAUAAAAUUUUAUAUUCAUCAAUAAUUCAAGAGAAAAUUAAAGAUGCAGAAAUCUCAACUAUAAAUAAAAUCAUUAAUAUGGACCUUGCGAAAUUCAUUCCGUCUGAUUUGGAUAGUUUAACAUCUAUUGCUAGAAAAUUAUCUGUUUAUCUAGAUGGUAAAGACUAUAAACCUACUAUUCAAGAAAUUAUUCAUUUUAUAUCAAUAAAAUCAAAAUUAUUGAAUUAUUUAAAUGAAAUCAAAAAAUUUAUACAAUUCAAUAGAAAUAUUUCUAAUUUAAUCGAUAUUAUUGAUCAAAUCAAUAAUUCAUUAAUCAUGUAUGAUAAAAUUACCAAUUCAAUUAAUCCAUUAAUUAAUUUAUUUGAAAAACUUGAAAUCAAUAAAAAUUUAACACAACGACUUGAUCAAAUAUUGAAUGGAUUGAAUAACUUUAAAAAUAUUUCAUCUAAUCCUCAAAGAUUAAACGAAUCUAUACAGUUUAUAUUUAAUUCAUCUAUUCAAUUUUUAUUAAAUCAAUUAAGUAAAUUAUUAAAUAAUCAAUUUGAACAAUUAUUUAAUAAUAUUAUACCAUGUAAUAAUAUUAAUAAAAUAUUAAUGAUUAUAUUAAAUAUAUUUUGUAAUAGAACUAAUAAUAUUAUAUUAUGUUUAGGAUCAUUUAUAUUGAUUAUAUCAAUAUCAUAUUUUUUAUUGAUUAUUACAUUAUUUAUUUUUAUGAUCUAUUCUAUAAAACAUAUUGAUUUAUUGAUUUAUACAAAAUGGGAAAAUAUUACAUUAUAUGAUUCAGUGAAAUUAUGUUAUAAAUUUGUAAAAUCUAAUUAA